UGUCGUAAAAUGAAGCAAACCCUUUCAACUCUGGCCCUCCACUGCUAAACAGGCGUGGAAGUAGAGAAGCAUUUCUUGAUAUAUGAACUGUCUUCUAUUAUCUUAUUGUGUUUAACGUACACAUAUUUGCGCAGUAAUUCCGGACAAGCUUUGAGGAACGCGGUAACCGUUACAGCGACCAACGAGGAUGUUUAAAAAAUUUGAUGAUAAGGAAAAUGUGUCGAACUGUAUCCAGCUGAAAACAUCAGUGAUCAAGGGCAUCAAAAAUCAGCUAUUGGAACAGUUUCCAGACAUCGAGACAUGGCUCAAUCACAUAAUGCCAAAAAAAGACCCUGUCAAAAUCGUGAGAUGCCAUGAACACAUUGAAAUCCUGACAGUGAAUGGAGAACUGCUCUUCUUCAGACAGAGAGAAGGACCAUUCUACCCGACCCUCAGACUGCUGCAUAAAUAUCCUUUCAUUCUUCCCCACCAGCAAGUAGACAAAGGAGCCAUUAAAUUUGUCUUAAGUGGAGCCAACAUCAUGUGCCCUGGGCUGACGUCGCCAGGCGCGAAACUCUACCCAGCUGCAGCUGACACAGCAGUUGUAUCCUUUUAAACAUGAGGCUGCAUGUG